AUGCCUAAAAGAAGAGAACUUACUGAUUUUGAAUGUGAAGAAAUUAUUGGUUUACAUAAAGGAAAACAUUCAUACAAUGAAAUUAAAGAAUUAUUAGGUAGAUCAAAAAUAUUAACUAAUCGUGAUAAUAGACAAUUAAUAAAAAUUGUUAAAAAUAAUAGAAGUAAAACAUUGGAAGAAAUAACUGAAAGUUUUAAUACUGGAUUAAAUAUUUCAGUUUCUAGUAGUACAGUUCGAAGAACCUUACACCAAGAAGGUUAUAGUGAACAUGCAGCAAAAAAAAACCUUUUAUUUCAGAGAAAAAUAAAAAAAAAUGAUUUAGUUGGUGUCGUAUGA